CUAGAUCUAUAAAUGGGAGUUUAAAAAAAGAUGGUGACCGAAAUGUUGCAGUUUAUGCUUCUCAGUAGUCUUUUAGUAGAUUUGAGUUAUGCUACCAUCGGUUGUCAUGAAGUGCAACAAUCACAUUUGGCAUCUCUACACGAACGAAUGAAUCACAUGCUCAGCACUCUGUACUCGUCACCAUUACUAACGAAAAAACAAGAAAGUGAAAAUCCACCAGCCACAACGCCAAAACCUGAAACACCGCCUACAACCACCAACGCAUUAGAACCACCUUGCUACCAACAAUAUUCGUCUCCAGCCCCAGUCCCACCCGUGAUCUUCAUCGCCCCACAAGCCGCCGCACCACAACCUUCACCAAGUUAUUACGGAGAUGCUCGAUCAGUAGAAUACGCGUAUCAGCAAGCCGCAGCGCCUCAACCAGCUUGGAAUUACGAUCAGUAUUACCAACAAUACUAUCAGCCUCCACCUCCUAUGUAUCCCCCCGCACCUCCUGCGUACCCUCCCGCACCUCCUGUAUACCCUCCCGCACCUCCUGCAUACCCUCCCACAUCCUCCCUAUACCCUCCUGCGCCCUAUCCUUACCCACCAACACCUUGCGAAAACAGUUACCCAUAUCCAUCAGAAUACGCAUCAAGUUACAGAUUUCCAUACCCUCAACAGCAGUACGCUAUGCCGUACCCAAGCCCAUCACCAUAUUUACCAGCCACCUAUCAAAGACCCAAUGAAAUGCCUCCACAACCACAAUAUGUACAUCCAUAGAACGGUAGUAUGGUAAUUUUGUACACUAAUCAAUAAUUUAUUCUUCCCGUUAAUUCUAUAU